AUGACACAGUCUGGCAAGUCCACAGCCGGUCUGCUCCCAAUCCCAGCAGCAGCUACGCAGAAGUCGGGCUCUGGGCCGCCCGCAAAGAAAGCACCUAAACCUCCCGCUCCUCGUCUAAAACUUCUUAUUCGACGUUUGCCACCUGGGCUUACACAGGCUGAGCUGGAGAACGCCCUUGGGGAUCAGUGGAAAGUCGGUGCAGGGAAAGUGGACUGGCUUCAGUACAGGCCUGGCAAGGUGUCAAAAGACCCCAACAAGCCAUCUCGCCCGUCACGAGCAUAUCUUCAUGUUGUCUCCAUCGAAUGUGUCUCUUCGCUCUCCGAUACCGUACGCCAGGCUUCUUUUCAAGACACCCGUAACACGAUUAAUGACCCUAUCUUGCUGGGACCUCCAUCAUUGGAGUUUGCGCCCUAUGCCAAGACCCCUGGAAGCCGUUCGCGCAAGGAUGCUCGGCAGGGCACCAUUGAUCAAGACCCAGACUUCAUUGCAUUUUUGGAAAGCCUGACUCAGCCCAUCACAAGGCCGGCGGCUGUGGAUUCGACGGCUGAUGGCGAAGAUAAGAAAAAAGAAGCCGUAAUGACUACUCCGCUGGUGCAGUUCAUCAAAGACAAGAAAGCCAGCAAGGCAAAGGACGGGGCUGCAUCCAAGUCCAAGCAUGGUCGGUCGGAUAAGGAAUCGAAGCAGGAGAAGGUUCAAGCGAAGAAACUGUUGCAACGUGGCGAUAAGGAAGACACGGUAACUUCCACAGAGAAGAAAGCCAAGGGAGAAAGGACAGGUAAAGAGUCUGGAAAGACAAGCAAGCAAGCAGCGGCUGCCAAUGCGAAGGGAGGAAAGUCGGCUACCACGACAACUUCUACGAAGGAAGUAACCGCCGCUCCGGAGCGUAAAAGGGAGCGCGGAAGUGUCGCGGCGGCCACCAAAAUUCUUCAACGAGAUCUUGGACUCACUCCAUCUGGCGGGCGGCGACGCGGAAAAGGCGGUUUGACUGAUACUGCAACCCCCAAAAACGAAGGCUCUCGUGAUUCGUCUGUUCUUCCAGCUGAGGUGCCGAAGCGAGACACAGCCAAACAGCCCAAAGGUUCUAUGUCUACAAGUGGUGCUACGAAAGUCAAAGACGGCGAGUCAUCUUCACGAGUCGAUACAGCUCCUGCGCCGCCUACAAAACCACCAGCCAAGUCUACUAGAGGUGGCAAAGCGAAGGCCCCAUCCACUGCUAAACAAGCAUUUCUCAAGCAUGCGAACCCAUCACAGGGUGUGACGGAGGCACUUCUAGAAUCUGCAUUCGCCUCAUUCGGGACAGUCACCAAGGUGGAGAUCGACAAGAAGAAGGGAUUCGGAUAUGUGGACUUUGCUGAGCCGGAGGGUCUUCGCAAAGCCGUCGCUGCUAGCCCCGUAUCGGUGGCGCGGAGCCAAGUGGUUGUAUUGGAGCGCAAAGAAAGCCCGGGGAUUGAAAAGUCCCGCAAAGGCCGCGAGGCCUCAGGUGCCAACAAGGCCAAAGCAGCGACUGAAGCAGCCACCGGCGCUGCGGGGGCUGUGGGGACUGGCAACAAUGCUGCAGGAAACGCUGGCUCCUCGCGCGGAUCUCGUGGAGGACGUGGAUCUCGGCAUAAGGGGCCGAAGGGAGGUGCUGGCGCUUCUGAAAAGAACGGAGGUGCCGAGGCGAAGUGA